AUGGUGGAUAUUAUUUUCAGCUCUUCUUUCUUGGGUGAUAUGGGGGAUCAUUCCAAAAAGAAGCCAGGAUUCGCGAUGUGUGUAGGAUGUGGAAGUCAGAUCCAUGACCAGUACAUACUGAGAGUCUCACCCGACCUGGAGUGGCAUGCUGCCUGCCUGAAGUGUGCAGAGUGCAGUCAGUACCUGGAUGAGACCUGCACUUGUUUCGUCCGGGAUGGCAAAACCUAUUGCAAAAGAGAUUAUGUAAGGUUGUUUGGAAUAAAAUGCGCAAAAUGCAAUCUGGGAUUCAGCAGCAGCGAUUUGGUGAUGAGAGCCCGGGAUAACGUGUACCACAUCGAGUGUUUUCGGUGCUCGGUGUGCAGCAGGCAGCUGCUGCCGGGAGACGAGUUCUCCCUGCGGGAAGACGAGCUGCUGUGCCGGGCGGACCACAGCCUGCUGCUGGAGAGAAGCUCCGCAGGAAGCCCCAUCAGCCCCGGACACAUCCACUCCAGCAGACCGCUGCACCUGGCAGGUCGGAUU